AUGUUGGAUGCAAAUUCCGACUUCGAAGUAGUACAACAACAACUUUGGACUAAUCUUUUAAGCCAUAUAGAGAAAGAGGAGCACUACGAAUGGACUCUGAUGGUGGCAGAGGGUGAGGUGAACUUUUUGUAUAAUUUGCUAUGGCAGCAAAUGGAAAAAAGCCUACUUAUCAAUCAAAAUUAUGCUGAGAAUUUUAAUUUACAUCUUAGAAAUACAAAUUUUAUCACAAUAGCCAUAAUGCCGGAAAUGCAAUUAAACGAUUUUGCUUCAUUAAUGGCGGACAAACUGGAUUUGUUAAGAAGUAAUCGCCUUAUUAUUAUCUACAACAAAAAGAGUACCGAUGGCAAGCAGCUAUUAGCCUUGGAGAAGCUAUUCCAAUAUUUCAUUCACUAUAAAAUGUUAAACGUGGCAGUGUUGCUGGAGGACUUUGCACUCACCCGAUUGAUAUACACUUUCGAGACGUAUCCCAAAUUUCAAAUUCAAGCUCAAGAUCUGGGAAAUGAAAUUAUCAAACGGCCCUUAUUUCCCUUCAAGGUAAAUAACAUCUAUGGCCAAGUUCUGAGAACAAUACCUGAUCAGAUAAUGCCUCGCUCUGUGGUGUACUUGGAUGCUCGGAAUAGAAUGCAAGUCACCGGUUAUGUCACUCAAUUUGUUCGCAUGUUCGGCAAAUACAUCAAUUCGACUCUCACCUUCCCCGACACCAUGAUACCAGGCAGUACUCUUUUCUAUCGGGAUUUUGUUAACUGGACGCAGUUGGAUUUGUUGGAUAUUCCCUGCAGCAUAACACCCAUGGCUGUGGGUAACACCACAAGGCUCAUGUCACAAAUCUUUGAAGUUUUGAGUUGGUGCCUCAUGAUACCUGUGGAACAACCUGAAACUUAUCAAGACUUUUUGAGGAGAUUUUUGACGCUCAAAACUAUUGUUGGCCUCUUCCUAAUGGACUUGGUCUACACCACCUUACUAACAUUGGCAACCUAUGUAAACGAUUGGAAACAUCGAGGAAUUUAUAAAUGGAAUUGGGUCAACAUUUGUUUGAAUCCUCAGGUCAUCUUGGCCCAUUUGGGAUGCUCAUUCCAUGCAGCAUUCUCUCCGGCGGCUUCGCUACGCAUCAUCUACAUAUGCCUGUUUGUUUCGGGACUAUUGUCCACCACCUUGUUCACUGUACAAAUGAAUGUUUUUCUCACAAAGCCCAGUGUGCGCACCAUCUCUUCGCUCGAUGAUAUGCUAAAGCAACGCGUCAACAUACUGGCCUCUGAGCAGGAAUUCCAUGCCUUAAUGAAUAUUUCGGGCAAUACUUUUGAGCCUUACCUUUCGCUUUUUCACCUUGUGGACACCUACGAUGAAUUUGCGGACAUUCGCACCUCCUUUAACACAUCCUAUGCUUAUCCGGUUACUUCUUCUGUUUGGUAUGUCUACGAUGCAAGGCAGAAAUUAGCGGCCAAACGACUUUUUAGACAUACCAACAUCUGUUUGAAGAGUCUCGAUCCCAUGGCCUUUGUAUUGCCCCGAAACUCCUGGUACAAACCCAAGGUUGACACCUUAAUAUUGCGUGUACAGGAAAUGGGACUACUCAAUUAUUGGCUCGAAAAUAACUUCCACGAACUGGUAAGAAGCCAUUUAGUGACUCUGAAAGAUUUACCUGAUUCGAAACAGGAAGAUGGUGCUAUUAAAGUACGUGAUUUUUAUGUGGUCAAGACUAUGUUGAAGGCAUUUGGCGUAUGUUUGGUGGUAUUUGUUUUCGAGCUAAUUUGGUUCAAUAGAAUGGCAAUUUUAAAUGUAAAUCCACAUCGGCUUUUAAGAAAGUUUUAA